AUGGGAAAAGCUGGUUUUGUCAAUAUCAAAAUCCAAAGAUUCAAGAUUCCAAUAGGACCAUGGUCAGAAGGCAAUAAAUUGAAGCAAUUGGGCAUUUUUGCUCUUCAGGAUAUUCUGGAAGGACUGGAAGCAUUCUCACUCCAUGUUUUCACUCAAGGUCUUCAGUGGUCAAUGGAUGAGUUGCAAAAAAUUCCAAAUGUCUUUUCCAAACUAUGGGUCUAUUGGCAGAUGAAACAGAAAUCACUGUGA